ACCAGUGCGAGCUAAAGAGAAGGGAAAACGUCUGCCCACUUGGCGCAGUUAUUUUUUUCAGUGGGUGGUAAGCCCGCGAAUAAUUUUACUGUUUUGCCUUUAGGUUUGAUGUUGUAACUGUCAGUUAUAUAGAGAGUAAAGCCAGCAACAUGGCAGAUGCAGACUUGUUCAUGGAGUGUGAGGAGGAGGAGUUGGAACCAUGGCAGCAGAUGAAUGAUGAUGUAGAAGAUGAAGAAGUUGGCAUUGUAGAGAACAAGACCAGUACAGCCCCUCUCAGUGUUGUGAGCCCUGGACCCUCUUCUAUGACUCUAGUGCCUCCUCUGGCCACUCCUGUAGCACUGCCCAUCAUGUCAACACCCUUGAUCGUCUCCAGUGCAACUGUACCCAGUGAUGGCAAGAAGCCCAUGGUUUCCCUGUUCACAAGUGCUGCAUCGCCAGUUUCCUCUGUGCUGUCCCCCUCGGUGGCACCUCAAGGCCUCACACACUCCGUGUCCUCGCUGGUGCCUCCAGGGCUACACAAGCCUGCACCUGGCCAGCAGCUGUUCUUAACACAAAGCCCUGGGGGGCUCAGCACUGUGGCUAUGUCACAGAUGCUACAGCCUAUGCACAUGAUGUCCAAUGCUGCACCUGGCCCAGGCGCCGCCAACAACCAGCCCAUAUUCUUCACACAGGACAUCCCUCCCACUCACUCACAGAGACCUGUAGGGCACGCCUUCCCUCACCAGUACAGCAUGGGGUUUCCAGUACGAAACGUGAGGCCUGUUCAGAAUUCGGUCAACCCUCUGGGGAUUGUGCUCAAUGUCCAGCAGGGUCAGACAGUGAGGCCCAUCACCCUGCUGUCAGAUUUUGCUGCAGCCCCAGGCACUCCGUUCUUCAAGCCAGCAGUGGGGGUGCCCCAGGUGAUGCCCCAGGUGAUGCCCCAGGUGAUGCCCCAGGUGAUGCCCCAGGUGAUGCCCCAGGCCAUGCCCCAGGUGAUGCCCCAGGCCAUGCGCCCCGGGAACCCAGCGGCGGUGCAUCCUCCCACCAGCUCCUACACCACGGUCCAGAUCCCAGCCACCCUCACCAUCCGCAGCACCACCCCUCUGACCCAGCCCCUCACCACCAUGGCAGCCACUCAGCCACUCCCGUCACCCGGGCCCCCCUCCAACCUGCCCCCUAAGAUUGGUUCCAUGAGCUCGGAGACGGGAAGGAGCCGGCGCUUCCUGAUGCAGGGGGACGUAAUGAUGGAGGUACAGGAGCCGGGGGACCAUGAAGUGAACGUGUGCAACCUGGUGGCGGUCAAGCACGGAGACGGCAAUCCGGACGUGCAGAAGCUGGUGAACAUGGUCAGCACGGUCAGCCCACCCACAGUGGCGCAACCGCAGACCCUGCAGGUUGUCAUGGCCAACACCAACGGUCCAACAAACGGACUGAACUCUGCUCUCGCCGCCUCGCCCCUCGACAGCAUCAAAGUUGGUCCUGCCACGUCUGUACCCACCUACAAUGUCUGCCCGCGCUGUGGAGCCCAGUUCAGAAUGGUGGAGGCUCUGCGGGGACAUAUGUGUUUCUGCUGUCCAGAGAUGAAUCUGAAGUUAUCUGAGGGCCAGAAGCCCAUGACCACCAAAAGUGCCCCUGCCCCACGGCCUCCCCUCACCCCACCGAAACCAACACAGACCUCCAUAGCCCCGUCUCCUCAGCUGGCAGACAGAAGCCCCAGCACUGACUCCCAGGGCAAGCUGAUUAUGCUGGUGGAUGACUUCUACUAUGGCGUCUGUGAAGGCCUCCGCAGCAGGGCUUCCUCAGACGUGCGGGAGCAAGGGCUAUUCAAAUGCCUCAGCUGUGCGAAGAGGCUGAAGAACAACAUCAGGCUCAUGAAUCACAUGAAGCAUCACGUGGAGCUGGAUCAGCAGAACGGAGAGGUGGACACCCACACCAACUGCCAGCACUGCUACCGCCAGUUCCCUACACCCUUCCAGCUGCAGUGCCACCUGGAGAGCGUGCACAGCCAUUACGAGUCGACCACCAAGUGUAAGAUCUGUGAGUGGGCGUUUGAGAGUGAGCCCGUGUUCUUGCAGCACAUGAAGAACACCCACAAACCAGGCGAGAUGCCAUACGUCUGCCAGGUGUGCGAGUACAGGUCCUCCUUUUACACUGACGUGUACAACCACUUUCGCACCUGGCACGAGGACACCAGGAAUCUGCUCUGCCAUUACUGUCUCAAAGUCUUCAAAAACAGCAAUGCCUACCAGCAGCACUACAUCCGCCACCAGAAGAAGACCGUGUACCACUGCAAUAAGUGCCGUCUUCAGUUCCUCUUCACCAAGGACAAGGUUGAUCACAAGAUAAACCACCACAAGACCUUCCGCAAACCCAAGCAGCUAGAGGGGCUUAUGCCAGGCACCAAAGUGACCAUCAGGGCAUAUGCAGUGCAGACCAAGGGCACGAGACAGCCCCCUGUAGCCCCACCGAUGGUCCCCCCUAUGUAUCUGCCUGCUCCCACUGGAAGAGACACCCCCUCUCCCCAGGUGGGCAGAGUUGUCCCCAAGCCUUUGCUCAUCCAGACCCAAAACAAACCACAGACCACUGUCAAGAAGAGAUCUGUCAGUAAGAUGCUGGAGCUACUGACCAAGUUCCAGGAACAACGGGCAACACUAGGAAAACAGUUGUGUCUGGAGUGCAACUUUGAAGUCCCGGACUUCCCCAACCACUACCCCACCUACGUCCACUGCUCCCUGUGCCACUACGGCACAUGCUGCUCCCGCGCCUACGCCAACCACAUGAUCAUUAAUCAUGUACCUCGCAGCACCCACAGAUACCUGACCAUGUACAAGAAAUUCCCACCAAGUGGGGUCAAGUUGGACUGCUCAUCCUGCACCUUUGUCACUGGGAUGGGUGAUGAAAUGGCCAAGCACCUCAUCCAGAACCCCAGCCAUAGCUACAGCCUUUGCACCCGCAUAGAACAGCUGGAGUCAGAUAUUGAAAACUCCGAUGUUGAGGAGGAGGAACCGGGAGGGGAAGGAGGGAGUGCAGUUGAAGUUUUGUGGAAUCCAGACUCUGAGGCCAUGGGCAGCUCUAAGAAAAUACUGAAGAGCACGGUGCCAGAUUUUACAGAUGUGUCUGGCCCAUAUCACUCCCUAAGUAAGACGAGCGAUGCCAUUGACUACUUCCACUUGCUCUUCCCAAUCUCACUCCUGGAGGUCAUCACUCAGGAGACCAAUGCCUAUGCCAUGUCCAGCCAAGUGAUGGGUCAAGCUGACCCAGACUGGAAACCUGUCACUGUGGCGGAGAUCCAAGGCUUCAUGGGCCUCAGCAUCCUGAUGGGACUGCAGAGUCUUCCGGAGACUGACAUGUACUGGUCCUGGCAGCACUGUGAGAGCUGUCUCACCUUCCUCAAGACGAUGCCAGCUAAACGUUUCCACCAGAUAUCUGCACACAUCCGAGUCUGCAGCGAGAAUUCCAAUUGGCCAGACGGCCCUCCUGACAGACUGCGCAUGAUUCGGCCCUUGUUGGAGGUGGUGGAGGACACUAUAUGGGAAACCUACCAUCCCAAGAAGUGUCUGACCAUCGACCAAGCUCUUCUGACCAACUUGGAGGUUGAUUGCAGUGAGGAGAAGCAAAGCACAGGUCAGAUGCAGGUGUGGCUGCUGUGUGACUCUAAAUCGGGGUACUGCCACCGCAUUCUAAUUGAGACCCAACAAGAUAAGCCAAAGGGUGGGGAUCCUGGCUUCAGGGUGGUACUACCCCUUUUGAAGGGUCUUCAGGGCAAGAACCACCAAGUUUUUCUGGCCAGCUCCCUGACAUCUUUCCCCCUCAUGCAAAAACUGCUGGACCAGGAUAUCUACUGCUGCAGCUCCUUCCCCCCACACUCUCCUAUGGUUCCCAAGGAGUUCUGGGAGCAAGGCCAGCUGAAACAUUCUGGGGAAUUCCUUCAGCAGUUGUUUGGACCUGUACUGGUCACACGAUGGCAGGAUAGCAAGGAAAUGUGCUGCUUGUCGACCAAUGCUGAGCCAGGGCUACCCGACACUGUGUGGAGGAAGUCCCAGGUCAAAGCUGGUGAACUUUGCCCCAUCCAGCGGCCCGAGGCCUUUCGGCUUCUCCAAGAAAAUAUGCGGGGUGUCGACAUCUGCAACCAGCUGCAGGCCUGCAACCCUCUGGGUGGGUUGAUUCGGGACACGUGGUGGCGCUGCCUUUUCUGGCAUUUGCUGAACUUGUCCAUAGUGAACUCCUUUAUCUUGCUUCGUGAGAGCCGCAAAGACACCCCGCCACUGUGGGUUCAGGGCAGUCGCUUCUCCCAAGCCAAGUUUCGCAAGCGCCUGGGUCACCAGCUGGCCAAAUGCCCUCAGAGAGGAGUUCGCAGGCUGGCAGCGGAAAGGUGGGCAGCUGCAUCUGGAGAGGGAGGUGGGGAAGGUGGAGCAGUGAGGCACAGACUGGUUAAAAUUACAGCCAAGACCAAGAGAUGCAAGAACUGCAGUGUGAAGAAUCUGCGACACGAGACCGUGUUCGGCUGCAUUGCAUGCAGGGUCAACCUAUGCAAGGGCAGCCGCUGCUUCUGGGAGUACCACGGCCUCUCGCCCCACAACAGAGUUCCCCCAAGAGUUGGAUUCACUAUGCAGAGGCAGGGCCUGUCACCAGUCAAAAACAGUCGCAGCCAGCCCUCUUACCCACUCCGUAUGCCCACAUUGGCUUCUUCAUCAAAAUGGGAGCCUGAGACCCUAGACCAGGAAAUGGCUCCUGUUGAAGACCUGGACACAGACACAGAGGAAGAACAAGAGGAAUGCCCUGUGGAUGAACAGGGAGUACAGGGAACAGGUAUCAAAAAAGAGAGUGUGCACAUGGAUGGGCCCAACAUUGUACCUGAGGCUGAUGGGCUUGGGGGAGUGAAGGAGCGGGAGGAGACGCUGUCUGUGCGUCAGCUGAGGAUCGUGUUGUUUGCACUGUGCUGCGGCAUCGCCCAAGCCGCUGAGCACUUCAGCACGCAGACUGGGCUCAUCCACACCUGGCUGCAGGAGAAGGAGCGGCAGAUGGACCGGGAGCGACGCGGAGGGGGCGGGGAAGCCGUGGAACGUCUGGUGGAGUGGGUGCUCGCCCAGCGAGAGCAGCAGCUGCCGGUCAAUGAGAAGAACCUCUUCCAGAAGGCCUCGGAAAUCCACAGCCAUGCCAACCAGGGCAGCUCCUUCCGCAUCUCCUACGAGUGGGCAGUGAGCUUCAUGCUGCAGCACGACCUGGGCCUGCAGACAACCUGCACUGUGAGCCGGCGCCUCCCUCGGAACACAGAGGAGAGCGCUCGGGCUUUCACCGAGUUUGUCCACAAGCAGAACCAGGCUCAGAACUUCUCCCUCUCUGUCAUCGGUGCCAUGGAUGAGCUCUCCAUCUUUGUGGACCUGGAUCUGCUGGCAGACCCUGCUACAGUGGGGAAAGAGCCUGCUUUCCAACUGGUGGGCACUGGAGAGUCUCUAAUUGAUAUCUUUUUAGCCACGCUGGCUGAUGGCACCCUCCUCCCAACCAUGGUCUUCUUCAAGGGCCAGCUCCCAGGUAGGCUGCGAACCGGAGUCCCCAACUCCAUCCUGCUGGAGGCGAAGGUGGAGGGCUUUACGGAGGAGGAGGAGAUGGAUCUGUGGACAUCACAGGUGUGGCAGAAGCAUAUGAAAUCCCAAGGUGGGGGCAAGGGCAUGCUGAUAAUGGACUCCUUCCGUGGCCACUUGACUGACGACUCUCUGGCUACCCUCAGUGCUGCCAGCACCCUGCCAACAAUCGUCCCAGCAGGUUGCACCUGCCGUCUGCAGCCACUGGAGAUGUGCUUGCGGCCCGUGUUGCUUAGAUUCCUGCUGGCGCGCUGGACCAAACUAGCUGCACAGGGCGGGGCAGCCGGGGCUAGUCCCAAAGAACUAGUUCAGCUGCUGGUUGCCUGGCUGGUGGAGGCUUUGGCACCUCUAUCUGACCAGCCAGAGCUGUUGCGGCGCUCCUUCCAUGUGGCCAGUGUUCUCUCUGGAACAGAAAGCCAGAAUACCCAUGCGGAGGCCCAGAUGGAGCUAGUGAACACAUUCUCAGAAAUCUUGCUUGGAUCUCAUGUAGCGGAACUAGUAUCGCCAGCAGAGGAGGGUAUGGUCACAUCCAAAGAGGCAGAGAAACCCCUUAAUUCAGUUGAUGAGAAAAGGACACCAGAAGUGAAGGUCGAGGUAAAGGAGGACAAGAAAGAAAGCGAUACAGAGGUAAAGGAGGCUGAGAAGCUGCUAGAAGUCCAAGGAGCGGAGAAGAUGAACAUCCUGGAUACAUCACAACAGGGGAUGGUAUGAUGCAGUCUUCUUGGAGUGGCCUCCCAUCGCUUUUGGAGUUUUGCCUCCCGGCCCAACCCCCCUUCCCAAGUGGCUGGGCCCUGUGGAUCACGGCUUCGCGUUACAAACCGAAUGUCCUCAAGUACAGGAGGCCAGGACAAUGGCAAUUUCAAGGUCUUUCUUGGGAGCUUUUGCCUGGCCAGGUUUUUGGUUGGUUUUUGGCAGAGAAAGUUGUGAGGAAUCGGUAUCUAUGGACUUGUGCCUGAUCUUGAGUUUGAGGACAAUGUUAUGAAGAGGCAUUGAAGAUUUGGUGCAGGUUCUUUCUGAGAUUGUACAUUCAUAAAACAAUAAAUGCAUGACAUCUUUCUUACAAUGCCUUUUUGGUAGCUGGUAUACUGAACACUUUGUAAACAGUAUUGACCACUGUUCAGCGGUCAUUAUACUGACAUUGGUGCUGUUUUAUUUGGUGAUUGUGUCAUACUGUUAACUUUUGGCCCCUGUGAUGUGUAUGAUAUCAGUUAUCCAACAGUUUCCAUACACAUUGGCUUGAGGCUUGUCUCAACCUGCAUUUUAUGAUUUUUUUUUUUAUUGUAAUGUGCUAUUACAAUGAUUGGGAGCCUGAUCAAUUGCCAACCUGAUUAGCAAGUAGUUUUUAUGAGUUGUUGAUUGUCACAUUGCACAUUUCCUUUAAGACGAUUGAGUUGCUGCAUCUCGAUGCCAUCAUUCCGGGCUGAUACCUGGAUUAACUGCUCAUAACUUGUUAACUUCUGUAUCAAGCUUAAGAAACAUAUGCAUAAGAGCAUAACCAAUCUUAAUCAAACUUUGCAGUCCACAUCAAUGAAAGAUAUCAUUGAGUAAGUUCAUUAGUUAAGUCUAUAGGUUGACUACUUUUAUUUUCUCAGUAUUGCUAAAUAAAGUAAACCCCUAGAAAUA